UCUAAUAUACAUUUUUAAAAUUGUAUCAGGGAAAUUUGAAGGCUUCAUAGUCGGGGGUGAUUAUGUCCGAAAUAUCUCUGAGGUCCCUUGGGUCGGAUUUUUGUCCUUCACGAGCGUUGACAACAAAUUUGGAUGUGGCUCGUCUAUUCUGAACCAAAAUAUAUUGAUAACCGCCGCGAACUGUUUCGCGCUUAACGAAUUCUACGAGAUAACAGCUUCGUUUGGUCACGUUAACAAAUACGAGGGUUUAGUUCACCGCGUCGCAGAGUAUAAGGUGCAUAACAAAUGGGACGAGAUGACCAUGAGUUACGACAUAGCUCUGUGUAAGCUAAAGCAGUCGCUGAAGUUUAAUGCAAAUGUGAAGCGAUUGGUAAUGGUGGAGUGGUGGAUUUUGGAAAAAUUGGACACACGGAAAGCAGAAUUGGCCGGAUGGGGAGUAGUCGAAGAAACGAAAUUCAAAGAUAUGAAAAUGUUAAAAAGCGUAGUUCAAGAAAUGUGGACCCGAAAAGAAUGCGAUGCAGUGUUAUAUAAUCUUCCCGAAGGGACUCUUUGCGGUGGAGAAGAAAAAGGCAAGGACUUCGUUUCUAGUGGAGAUGGGGGCAGCGGCCUCGUAUAUAAAAGAAGAACGAUCUGCGGGGUGUACUCAUACAAGGACAUCCAGGUCUCCAGGAGUAUGGCGGUCUACACCAACGUCUCACACUUCUACGACUGGGUUGCGAGCAACGCAAAAAGAUUGGAAUGCGACUAGGAAGAAAUUGAAUAUUUUCUGUUUUAAUUUUGUUUCCUUGAAUUAUGAAAAAACAAAUCAAAAUAGAAUGUUACAUAUUAAAUUAAACAAAUCACUUAGGACUAAGAAAACAAUUUAAAAAACUUAUACAU